GAAUAGUCAUGGGUUAAAUGUGUAGCUGCCUAAACAAUGGAUCUACAGAUAACCUGGUUAACAUUGUUCUUUACUCUGACUGUGCAAGUGAAUUGCAAUUCUCAUCUGUCAAAACAAGAUCUGGAGCUGAAGGGAAAGGCAUUCCCAAUGUGUUUCACAAGAAAGUUUUCUGACUUCACCUGCUUCUGGGAGGCACCUGUAGGACAAUCCUAUGACUUCCUUUAUCAAACAGAUGAGGAUGAAGAGAGAAGAUGUAACAUAAGUCAGCGGCAGACUGCAGAAGGAAAACUCUUCCAUGUCUGCUUCUUCCCAUCCAAUGUUGUUUUUAUGUUCUCCUCCAUAAACAUCAAAAUGGUUGAUAAAGACACCAACACAACUGUCUAUAACGACAUGCUUUAUGUAGAGGACAACUGCCUGUUAUAUCCCCCAUCAAAUAUAUCUGUUCACCAUACUGGAAAGGCAGGGGAAAUUCUGGUUAAGUGGCCAGCACCAACAGAAAUCAUUUUUAAAAAAUUGGUUCUGUAUGAGCUACAUUACACCUCGAAUGCAUUACAGGAUACAGUUAAACUGAAAAAAGGUUCCAAAUGUGAGCACACGCUGACCUCCCUGGUCCCAGGACAGCUAUGCACAGUACAGAUAAGGGUUAAAUUCACUUUAGCUGAUACUAGUGGCCACUGGAGUCACUGGUCACAUCCAGUUACAGUCAUGGUACCUCAGACAGCAGCUGACAUUGAGUUAAAGUGCCACACUUCUGAUCUACACCGAAUCCGUUGUCAGUGGAACGAGGAGCGAUAUGGUCAAGCAAACCUUCAUUACCAACAAACUAUCAGGAAUAUUUGGGGGAGUUGGAAGACCUGUGAGAAGAGUAUUGCCUCUGCAAGUCAAUGUGUUCUCUACGGAGAGAAAUGCACCAUGUUUCAAGUUUACCUUAAUGCUACAUUCGGGCUCUUUAACCGAACCUUUUACAUGGACGUGUUCAGCAUGAACAAUAGCAUCAAAACAGAGCCUCCAGGAGAGCUGAAAGAGGAGAUCAUCGACGAAAGGCUUUGUCUGAGAUGGCUUUCUCCUCUUCCACAAAUAUCUGAGCAUUUACUGUAUCAGAUUCGCUACCAGACACAAAGAGAGAACAAGUGGAAGAUUUUUACAAUGCAAAAUCCUAAUACCAGCACCUGUCUGGAUGUACAAGCCAGUGGCUACUACACCAUUCAAAUUAAAGCUAUCCCCAAUGGAUUAUUGUACAGAGGGCAGUGGAGUGAUUGGUCUAAACCUCUCACACAACAAUUUAUUCCACAAACAGGGUUGCUGUUUCUUGCCUGUGGACUAUUUGGCUUUCUCAUUUCUGUUGUAUUGUUCUUCUCCUUCUCCAGAACGUUCAAGCGGCUUCUGUGGCCACCUGUCCCAAAUCUGAAAAAUGUUCUGGAAAAUAUCCUGAAAGAUAUUGAUGGAGAACACUGGGAGCCCAACAUCAAGCUGUGUGAUGAUGAGGCCCCUGCUUCUGUGGUGGAGAUCAUGUCUGAUAAGGAGGCUCAAGUCAUGAAGAAAAUUUCCUGGAUAUCAAACUACUCAGAUUUCCCACACUUCCAGUUGGCUGUGGAUAACAAGGAAGAGCAGGGCCUGGAGAUGAGCCAAGAGUACGUCAUCUUAAAAUCCAGCCCCGUCUACGACAUCUCAAACCUGAACGGGAACGAUUAUGUUUAUGGACUGAAUGCUUCAUUGGAUCAGCUUGAGGAAAAAGUCUGCUGUUAUUCUUCUCUUUGUUCGGACACUUUUUCAGUCUCCUCCACCAACAUCCUAAACCAUUCUUAUUUAGCUGAGAUUGAGAGUCUCCGAACCAUAACAGGCAAUUACACCAAUAUUGAAAAGGUAGCAACGGCUAAGGACAAGUGAAAAGGGCAGGGCCGGGCAGAUUCAUCUUCCGGUAGGCAUAGUGUAGGAAAAUCUUUUGGGGUUUAAUUUGCAUGCUGUCAGUUUUGAAAGCAUUAAAGUAAAAUGGAAAUCUCUGUGUAUCUCUGAGAGUAGUACAAAUAUGCAAUUUCUCUGCUUAAAACUAGAGGCUGUGCAGUAUCUCUGAAUACAUUAUACUGAAAGCAUAAGGCAUGCCAGAUAGAGGAAAAAAAAACCUGCAAAACUUUAAAAUGAGCCAGCAGUAAGUGUUAUUUCUGUUGAACCACUUGUGGUAAAAACCAACUGAUUUUCCAAAGUCAUCACUUUGAAAUUUUUUUACCACAAGUUAAAAAAAAGUGCCAGACUUUUCAGACUCAAAUACAUAUCGAUAAAAAAAAAAACAAAACUCCUCACUGAAGCAAAUGAUUAUCACAAUUUUCAGUUUCGUGUGUGUAUAUAUAUAUUUUUAUUAGAGGAGAAAUAGAGUUCACCGUGUUGUAAACUAUUACAUUUAUUCAGUGUGCAAUCACAAAUAGUUGUUUAUAUUAUAUUAACAGUAUGUUACAGGAUAGCAAAAUAUGUUGCAGAUGUAUUAUGUAAUAAAUAUUUAGCAAUCUAUUGUACGUCAUUUUAAUUUAGAUGAAUUUCUGCAUUAUUUUCUCAAUCUAUUUUUUUUUUUAAAUAAAAAUUCUUCAUUUUACUGAAAAUU